AUGAAUAACAUAAAAGUGGAAGUAGAAAGUCCAGAAGAUUCCAGCGCAAGCAGAAAACGACAACAUGAGACAGAGCCACAAACUCCGCGAGAGGAGAAGAAAAUGACGUUAGAUGAGCAGUACGAAAAGCUGAUCAAGAUCAAGCUGAAAUUUGUCGAAAAGAACAAAGGUGAGAUACCCGCUCUCCAUUUCGCGGCAAGGGUGUCCGAUGUUGACGUUUGUCGGCGCCUCGUGGAGCAGGGCGCCGACGUCAACGAAAAAUACGGCGUUCGAGGCGCCACUCCCCUGCACUACGCCGCUAUGAACGCAUCCCACGGAGAAGGUCUGAUCGAUUAUUUCCUUGAAAAAGGGUGCGACAUUGAUGUAGAAGAUGCUCAUUAUGAUAAAGCUAUCAACUUGAACUUCGCGAAGUUCUUGUACAAUAAUAAGAGAUGUGAGAUAUUGAGCAAACGCCUAUGUCAUUUUUCCAUGCUUGAUAUGGCUUGCAAGUUUGGAGAUCUGGAGAUGUGCAAGUGGUUGCUAGAAGAAGUCAAAAUCGACGUCAACAAGUUUAAUGAGGUUAAUUGGAAAGACCAAGUUCUUGACCAAGUUGCCCAUAAUAGGCAAAACGAAGCAAAAGAGGCAGAAGAGUUGUUCAAGAGAGUUGCUGACACAAAGAUCAAAAUAGAGGGCAACAGUUUGUUGCACCAUUGUUUUUCAAAGACUGUGCUUAGUUUAGACGCUGCAAAAUUCGUGCACGAAAAGGACGGAGACCUCAUCAAUGAGAUCAAUGAAGACGGAGCGACAAUUCUCCACCUCGCAGCACGAUUUGCAGGCGUCGAUGUGUGCCAGUGGCUGGUGGAUCAGGGCCAAGACAUCAACGCCGUGAACAAACAAUCCUUUGCCAACUUUCUCCACUACGCUGCUCAAAACAGAUUUUUUGGAGAUUCGAUCAUUCAAGAAUUUGGACAUAACUUGCGCGGAAUCGUGAACCAAAUCGACGAAAACGUCUACACUCCACUCCAUUACGCCAUACUCAACGAAAGACACGUUGAGGUUGCAGAGGUAUUGCUUGAAGUCGGUGCUGAUUUGAGCGUGAAAAGAAAAGGAAACAACUUCCUUCACUUCUGCAUCGUUAUGGGCAAGUUGGAAUGUGCAAAAUUCGUGCAUGCCAAGGAUAAAAAUCAGAUCAAGGAAAAGGGAGAAGGAGGCAAAACCACACUGCACCUUGCUGCUGACAACUUUAAUGAAGAAAUAUGCGCAUGGCUGGUGAGGGACGAGGGAGCUGAUCCCCAAGAAAUUACCGUCGGAGGAAAAUCGGUGCUUGAAUCUACUUCCAGUGAGGAGGCCAAGAAGUGCCUCCAAUCGUUGAUCACAACUAAGAAAUAG